AUGUUCUCAUACAGAAACCUUGCCCGAGAAGCUCGCGAGAUCCGACUCGUGCGCUUUUGCGUCUCUGGGAACGACGCAAUCAACCUGACCCUGACUCGGGCAUCGCUGAACGAUCCCCCCCCGUAUCACGCCCUAUCUUAUGUCUGGGGGGACCCGACACCCACCGCAACGGUCGACCUCGAUGGAAACCCAUUACCCAUUGGAAGCAAUCUCAAUGGUGCCCUUCUUCGUCUGCGCCAGAACGGGGUAGUGGCCUGGUUGUGGGUCGAUGCUAUCUGUAUCGACCAGAACAACCACGAAGAGCGGAGCUGGCAGGCAGCUCAGAUGCGCGAUAUCUUCGCCCAGGCCAGUUUGGUCUACAUCUGGCUUGGGGCCGACUACAACAACAGCGAACUCGUCUUGGAUACGACGCAACGCAUCGGUCCAGACGCUCUAGACGCCGGCAUUCUCGACUUGUGGGAUGACUGGCCGUUCCGGCUGGACACGGGGUCCGAAAAUAUGGGAGACGACAAGGCUCUCUCGUUCCUGGCCGAGCUGUUGACCGACGAAGCGCUCCGGUGCCCCGACUUGCCAAAGGCCAUAAUGGACCUCCUGGGACGCGCAAACUGGUUCCGGUCCUGGAUCACGCAGGAGCUCGCCCUUCCUCGCACCGGCCUCGUCAUGUGCGGCUCUCGGCACGUCUCCCUCGACGCUUUCGAUGCGGCCUUAAGUGCCGUCUACUUCGCCAAAGUCGGCCGCUUCGCCAGACAGCUUCCGGAAUGGCGGGACUUUGGUGCGGGCCUCGGGAACAACGUCUUUCACAUCCGCGGCUUGGUCGCGCGCCGUCAGCAUCGACGGGGCCGGGGCGCCGAUCUCGUCGAGUUCCUCCUGGCAGACCUCCGGAUCGCGCCCGACAGGCCAUUCUACGCCGCCACCGAUGCCCGCGACGUCAUAUUCGGGCUGCUGGGCAUCGCUGCCGACACGGCUCAUCUGCGACUGUGCCCAGACUACAGCAAGACGGUUGCUCAGGUAUAUACUACGGCCACGAAAGCCAUGAUCGAGCGAUGUGCGCAUUACAGACUGGAAUACUGCACGUUUCCGAAAGACACGCCUGACUUGCCAUCAUGGGUGCCAGACUGGCGACGGACCGGCUUGAAAGGGGUAGAGGUUUACCCCAUCAGCCAUCGGAACUGCUUCAGGAGCUCGGGAGACAGGCUCCAACCGCCGGUCACUGAUACUGAUGACCCAUAUGGAAGAAUACUUCGUCGGCGCGGAUGCCUCGUCGAUACAGUGUCCGCCGUACUCGUAAUCGAGCCGUCCAGUCGUGGCACUGUGACGCUUGCGGCGGCCCUGGCCUCCCAAGACUUGAUAUCUCGCACUUGCAUGUCGAUUCUAGAAUUCGCCGAGCCCAGCCUGAGAAUUGGUGCUCCAGAGGCCGCACUCUGGCGCACCCUCGCGGGUGGUUGGAUGGGCGAUACAAGAUGUGGCAGCGAAUUUGACGCUCUCGCCCCCAAAGCAUUCCGUCAAGAGCCGGUGCCAGUCUCGUCUCUCACCGGCGAACAGUUGGCAUACAUAUUCCGCAACACCUAUCCCUACCCUCUCGAUUCGAAACAGGUGACAGGCUCGGAGCUUCAGGCUCUUGUGGACACGUUUUGCGACAGGAUAGUAGGCAACGCUGCAUCAAGAAGCGGUGGGAGGGCGCUAUUUGUGACUGCGGGAGGCAAGUUUGGACUGGGUCCAGAGAAUGUAAUGAGAGACGAUGCGGUGACCAUCCUCUUUGGCACGCAAGUGCCGAUAAUUCUCCGACCCUCGGGAGAGUGUUUCACAUACUUGGGAGAUGCUUACGUAGACCGGAUUAUGGAUGGCGAGUUCAUGACAGGAUGCCCGGUAGAGAGCGACUUUGACAUCAUGUAA